AUGUGGCAGUGCUCUUUGGUGCUUUUGGGGGUGGUGGUCGUGAGUGCUCAGUUCCCCAGAGAGUGUGUGACCCCCGAGGGCCUCCGGAGUGGGCAGUGCUGUCCGUCGCCCUCUGGCCUCGACGACGACCCGUGUGGCUCCAGCGUGGGUCGAGGUCAGUGCGUCUCCAUCACGGUGGACGCCCGUCCGCACGGUCCUCAGUACCCGCACGACGGACGCGACGACCGGGAGCGAUGGCCGGUGCGGUUCUUCAACCGGACUUGUCAGUGUAAUGGAAAUUUCAGCGGUUAUAACUGCGGCCGCUGCAGACACGGAUGGACGGGACCCGGAUGUGACCAGCGAGUCACUGUCGUAAGAAGAAACGUGAUGCAGCUCAGCUCGGACGAGAAGCGUGCGUUCGUGAACGCGCUGGACCAGGCCAAGCGCACGGUGCACCCCGACCUGGUGAUCGCCACGCGGCGCUAUCCGGAGAUCUUCGGGCCCGACGGUAACACCGUGCAGUUCGAGAACAUCACCGUCUACAACUACUUCGUGUGGACCCACUACUUCUCGGUCAGCAAGACGUUCCUGGGUGCGGGGCAGGCCAGUUUCGGGGGAGUAGACUUCUCCCAUGAAGGCCCUGGGUUUGUCACUUGGCACAGGUUCCACCUGUUGCAGCUGGAGCGAGACAUGCAGGACAUGCUGCAAGACCCGUCCUUCGCCCUGCCCUACUGGAACUUUGCCAUCGGUGGAAGCACAUGUGACAUCUGCACGGAUGACCUGAUGGGAGCCAGGAGCAGCUUUGACAUGAAUUCCCUCAGCACCAACUCCAUCUUCUCCCAGUGGAGAGUCAUAUGUGAGAGCGUAGAAGACUACGACACACUGGGAACAAUCUGCAACAACACUGAGACGUCUCCCAUCAGAAGGAACCCAGCAGGGAACGUUAACAGGCCGAUGGUCCAGCGUCUCCCAGAGCCCCAGGAUGUGGCAGACUGUCUGCAGGUUAACGCUUUUGACACACCGCCCUAUUACUCCACCUCCUCCGAAAGCUUCAGAAACACAAUUGAAGGCUACAGCGCCCCCAAGGGGAACUACGACCCUGUGGUGAGGAGCCUCCACAACCUGGCUCAUCUGUUCCUGAACGGGACAGGAGGACAGACUCACCUCUCACCCAAUGACCCCAUCUUCGUCCUGCUGCACACCUACACCGACGCUAUAUUUGAUGAAUGGCUGAGGAGACACAGCCCAGAUUCAACCCUGUAUCCCGAAGAAAAUGCCCCCAUUGGUCACAAUAGGGGCUACAACAUGGUGCCCUUCUGGCCUCCAGUGACUAACGCCGAGAUGUUUCUGACCGCCCCCGAAAAUCUUGGUUACUCUUAUGAAGCUGAAUGGCCAGCUCAAGCUUUCACUCUGACUGAAAUCAUCACCAUGGCAAUAGUCGCUGCGCUCGUGCUCGCCGCAGUCGUUUUCGCCGCCACCACGUGUGCCGUGCGUGCCAAGUCGCACAAGAUGGAGGGCCACCAGCCUCUGCUUGGAGACCACUACCAGCGCUACGACGAUGUCAAAAGCCAGUCUGUGGUCUAA